GGGCUUGUCUUUUGUCAUUCAUGUAGCAGCAAGAAAUCACUGAGGGCAUCAAUGGCACCGAAUCCCAAUAAACCCUAUCGUGUCUGUGACAAUUGCUUCAGUAAAUUGAAAAAAGCUAUUGAAACCGAUGCUUCUUCUCAGUCUUCUAUGAGUCGACGAGGAAGCAUGCAUCAGGCAUCAACUGAUAUAACAGACAAGGACACUAAGUCGGAAACAAGGUCUCGACCUCAACUAGCUAGAUUUUCUUCAAUGGAAUCCUUCAAACAAGUAGAAAACCGUUCUUCCAAACAGAAGAAAAAACUUGAAUUUAACAGCAGCCGUGUGUCACCUAUUCCAAAUGGUACCUCUCAGUGGGGAGCUCUCAACAUUUCCAAGUCUUUUAAUCCAGUAUUUGGCUCGUCGAAGAAAUUCUUUUCAGCUUCAGUUCCUGGAUCAAGAAUUGUUUCUCGAGCAACAUCACCAAUAUCUAGACGGCCCAGUCCACCUCGUUCUACUACGCCAACUCCAACAUUGGGUGGAUUCACAUCUCCAAAGAUUGUUUUGGACGAUGCUAAAAGGACAAAUGAUGGCCUUAGCCAAGAGGUUAUCAAAUUAAGAGCACAGGUGGAAAAUCUCACGCGGAAGGCUCAACUUCAAGAGAUAGAACUGGAAAGAUCUGGUAAGCAGCUAAAGGAGGCAAUAGCCAUUGCUGGAGAAGAGACUGCCAAAUGCAAAGCAGCAAAAGAAGUUAUCAAGUCACUUACUGCUCAGCUGAAGGAGAUGGCUGAGAGGUUACCAGUAGGUGCUUCCCGGAACAUCAAAUCUCCUACAUCUUUUUCCUUGGCUUCCAAUCUUACCACUGGUGAUAUGCCAAAUGGCUGUAUUGACCGAGUUCAUAGUCAACUAACUUUCCAAGAUGUGGAGUCAAAUGUAUCUAACAGCCAACUACUUUCUAACGGAUCAAGCAAUGCCAGUAAUCGCAAUGCUGUUCAAAACAGGCAAGGGUUUCCAGAACCAACCCCAAGAAAUGGGGCCAGAACAAAAGAAGGUGAUUCUCGUAAUGAGAAUGAAUGGGUCGAACAAGAUGAACCAGGUGUAUAUAUUACACUUACCUCCCUACCUGGAGGUGUCAAAGAUCUUAAACGUGUUCGCUUCAGUCGAAAACGAUUUAGCGAGAAACAAGCUGAACAGUGGUGGGCAGAGAACCGCGCAAGAGUUUAUGAGCAAUAUAACGUCCGCAUGGGGGACAAGUCAAGUGUUGGCAGUGUAAGCGAGGACUUACCACAUUGAAACAUGCUAAUAAAUUUGUAAGUGAUUUUUUCUUUUCUUGACCUCUUCUUUUUCUUCUUCCCUGUCGGAAAAUCUCUGCUUUACGGGGAAGAUCAUAUUCAUCGCUUAGUUUGGCUUCUCAAAUCUGUGGGGUGGUAUCGGGGGUUGUCAUAAAAAAGAACUAGGAGUAGAGGUUUGCUUCUAAGUUUUCAUUAGAUUUUUCUUUAUCUUCUUAUGGCUUGACCUGUUAUUUUUCCUUCUUCUUUUUUUUUUCCAUUUUUCCCCUCCAUAAUGGUGUUUGUGGGGAAUUGAGGGUGAGAGAUGUAAAGUUUUAACUGCUUGCUCUUAUUGAGAGUAGCUUCCUUGUAAAUUUCUCAAGUAAAUGCAUCUUCUGGUUUCAAAUCCCAA